AUGGCAUGGCAUGUUCGUUUGGCGCAGGUUGGGAAUGGCGCAAUGCCACAUCGCGCGGCCACCGAAAAAAACCCAAUGGCUCGCGCCCUGCCGGCCGAUCCGAGCACCCCUGCACCUAGUCCUCUCGCAUCGACAUCACGCUCUACGAUCAGCCCUUCACCAAACCUGGCUCCUACGCACUCCACAUUUGCACGACCCACCAUUCUUCCUCGAGACAUUUCGCGCAGCCACAUCACCCCUGGCCCUUCGCUUCUGCCACACAUCACCACAUCGGGCUUGUUCGUUUUCGUGCUGUCGAUUGCAGUCAUCGUCGAUGCGGGAUGA